GAACAGAGAGUAAAUUGCGGAUGUGAAGUUAAAAAUGGAAGGGGUGAGAGCUUGUUUUGAAUUGAUUGUUAGACAAAGAAAACCCACAUGGUGAGGUGGUGUUUGGGUUCUUACCACACUGCACUGCAGACACCUUUCCCACAUAAAAUAAAUUUGUUUUCCCAUGUUGCCUCUGUCUUCUAGCAUCUACCUUCUCACUCUCACUCUCACUCUCACCCUUUCCUUUCCCUUCUCACUACUUACUUGCUCCACACUUCUUUUUCUUCUGUUCUACAUUUUGUCUACAAUGGAUACCCUCAACCUUCCUUCUUUCACCAUUUGAGUCUGGGUUCCUUUUGGUCUUCUUCAUUACCUGACCUUCGAGAUCUGGGUUUUCAACAUUUGUUGUUUGCUGGUUGUAGUGUGAGUAAGACCCACUGAACUGAAAAUGGCUCCAAGCUUAGAUUUCUCGAAUUGGUGGCCAAAGGAUGCUAGGAAAGGGACACCCGUGGUAGUAAAAAUGGAGAACCCUAACUACUCAGUGGUGGAAAUCGACGGCCCAGAUGCUGCAUUCAGGCCUGUGGAAAAAAGCAGAGGCAAAAAUGCAAAGCAAGUGACUUGGGUUUUGCUUCUCAAGGCUCAUCGUGCCGUCGGUUGUCUCGCUUGGAUUGCUUCACUCUUCUGGGCAUUGCUUGGAACCAUAAAGAAAAGGCUGAUCUUUAGGCAAGAUGUUGCAAUGGCCAGUGAAAAACUGGGGAAAGGAAAGCUGCUCUUCACAGUCAUUAAAGCCUUCCUAGUGACUUCCCUCACAAUUCUGGCCUUCGAAGUUGUGGCUUAUCUCAAGGGAUGGCAUUAUUUUCGAAAUCCAAGUUUGCACAUUCCGAGGAGCACUGAUAUCCAGGGCUUGCUUCACUUGGUUUAUGUCACUUGGUUGUCAGUCCGGGCCGAUUACAUUGCACCACCAAUUCAAGCUUUGUCUAAAUUUUGUGUAGCUUUAUUCCUUAUCCAAUCUGUAGAUCGUAUGAUACUUAGUUUAGGCUGCUUUUGGAUUAAAUACAAGAAGAUUAAACCCAGAAUUGAGGGGGAUCCUUUCAAGUCAGAUGAUGUUGAGGGAUCAGCCUAUGAGUAUCCCAUGGUUCUUGUUCAAAUCCCAAUGUGUAACGAGAGAGAGGUUUAUGAGCAGUCUAUCUCUGCUGUCUGCCAACUUGAUUGGCCAAAGGAUCGAUUAUUGGUUCAGGUUCUUGAUGAUUCUGAUGACGAAAGCAUCCAGUAUUUGAUUAAAGCGGAGGUUGCUAAGUGGAACCAAAAGGGUGUUAACAUAAUUUAUCGGCACCGCUUGGUAAGAACUGGUUACAAGGCUGGGAAUCUCAAGUCUGCAAUGAGCUGCGAGUAUGUACAGGCCUAUGAGUUUGUAGCAAUAUUUGAUGCUGAUUUUCAACCUAACCCUGAUUUUCUAAAGCAAACUGUGCCACAUUUCAAGGACAAUCCUGAUUUAGGGUUAGUUCAGGCUAGAUGGACAUUUGUCAACAAGGAUGAGAAUUUGUUAACUCGUCUCCAGAACAUUAACUUAUGUUUCCACUUUGAAGUUGAGCAGCAAGUUAAUGGUGUAUUUUUAAAUUUCUUUGGUUUUAAUGGAACUGCUGGAGUUUGGAGAAUUAAAGCUCUUGAGGAAUCUGGAGGUUGGCUUGAAAGGACAACUGUAGAGGACAUGGACAUAGCUGUUCGUGCACAUCUCAAUGGUUGGAAAUUCAUCUUCCUCAAUGACGUAAAGGUCCUUUGUGAAGUUCCCGAGUCGUAUGAAGCAUACAGGAAGCAGCAACACCGCUGGCAUUCAGGACCUAUGCACCUCUUCCGCUUAUGCUUUCCAGCAAUCAUAACUUGCAAGAUAGCUAUAUGGAAAAAGGCAAAUUUAAUACUGCUAUUCUUUCUGUUGAGGAAGCUUAUCCUUCCUUUCUAUUCGUUCACAUUGUUUUGCAUAAUUCUUCCUCUAACCAUGUUCGUACCAGAGGCCGAGCUUCCUGUUUGGGUUAUUUGUUAUGUACCUGUUUUUAUGUCAUUCCUCAACAUUCUUCCAUCCCCCAAAUCGUUCCCUUUCAUUGUCCCUUAUCUUCUAUUUGAAAACACCAUGUCUGUGACCAAAUUCAAUGCAAUGGUAUCUGGAUUAUUCCAGUUGGGUAGCUCCUAUGAGUGGGUUGUGACCAAAAAGGCUGGCAGGUCAUCAGAAUCUGACUUACUGGCUUCUGCUGAGAUGGAAUCGAAGAUAAUGAACCAACUGCAAAUUCAGAGAGGAGCUUCGGAAAGUGAACUCACUGAAUUAAACCGAUUGAAGGAACAGAAAGAGGCAGCUCCUGUACCUGUUAAGAGGGUCAAUAAGAUAUACAGGAAAGAGCUCACUCUGGCAUUCCUCCUGCUUACAGCUUCGGUUAGGAGCCUGUUAUCGGCACAGGGAGUACAUUUCUACUUCCUCCUCUUCCAGGGGGUGACUUUUCUCCUAGUCGGUCUAGAUUUAAUAGGAGAGCAGAUGAGCUAAUGCUGCAUGGAAGCUUGAAAGAAAGCAAAAUGUGCUAAGACUCUCUCCAUUUCCACUGACAAAACCUGGUUUCUGGCUGUGCAGUCGAAGUUUUUCUCCUCAGGAAAUUGUUUAAAGGUACCAUCCUGGUGCUCAAUAACCAAAGUUUCAUUCUCUACGUCAGCAUUGAAUGCCGAAUUGAAGGUUUUUAUUCGUCAGUAACUCUACUUUCUGUAUUCACAGUUUCUAUCUACUUUCUAAUAUCUUUAUAUAUAUAUAUAUUUCACAUUGGAUAGUGGUCAUUGUUUUCUUAGGGGUUGAACCAUUUAUUAUUAUUGUUGUUACAGACUUAUAGGUAGAUUUUGUACUUCAGUUUUCAUGUUUCACCCUGAUUCUUGAUUGUGUGGUUUGGCAAUAAAGAUUCAAGCCAUAUUGUAUUUGUAAAAGCUUGGAAAGCUUGCUUGAUGUCCUUUGUGGCUCUCAGAGUCCAAAUUUACUAUGAGAUAAUGUAAAAAACAUCCAAUAUUUGUACAUUGUGUUCUAUCUAAUAUAUAACAAAUAAUUCCUUUUCCCCCAA